AUGCAGCAGGUGAUGCGGCUGGGCAUGCGCCUAAGGACGGCCAGCUGCGCCCUGAUGUACCAGAAGGCGCUGAAGCUGUCCCGGGCCAGCGUCGGCCAGACGGCGGCCAGCACCGUCAUUAACAUCANUGUGUACAUUGUGUGGACGUACCUCGGUGUGGCCUGUUUUGCCGGCAUCGGCCUCCUCCUGCUCUUCAUUCCCUUUCAGGCGCUGAUGGGGCGUCUUUUCUCCGGUGUCAGACUGCGCACUGCCCUGCUCACCGACGCCCGUUUGAAGUACAUGAAUGAGAUCAUCAAUGGAAUGCGGGUGAUCAAGAUGUACGCCUGGGAGGGGCCGUUUGCCAGUCGAGUCGCCGAUGCCCGAAAAGCCGAGGUUUCCCAGGUGAAGCGAGGCCUUUUUCUGAAGGCGAUCAACCUGAGCAUGUUCUUUGUGGCCAGUCGAAUCAUUCUUUUCUGCUGCUUCGUCCUCUACGUCCUGGUAAUUCAGCCCCUGACGGCAGAGGCGGUUUUUGUGAGCAUGGCGCUCUUCAACACCCUGCGCCUCAUUCUCACUUUCAUGUUCCCCUCGGCCAUCAGCCAGGCGUCAGAACUGAAGAUUACCUGUCGGCGGAUUGAGAAAUUCCUCCUUCUCGAAGAGAUGCCUACGCCUGAGGAAUUAAAAAGCAAGGCUGGCAAAGAGAAAGACGGCAGCAAGGGCAGCUCCGUGGUGGUGAACAACAUUACCGCUAAGUGGAACCAAGAGGUGGUUCGACCCACGCUAAAAGACGUCUCUGUGCGGCUGAAGCAGGGCGACCUGCUGGCGGUGAUUGGCCCGGUCGGCAGUGGAAAGAGCUCCUUCCUGAUGAGCCUCCUCAAUGAGCUGCCCGUGGAGGCGGGCCGCGUGGAGGUGGAAGGCAGCGUGGCGUACGCUAGCCAGGACGCCUGGUCUUUUCAGGACAGCGUCCGCAACAAUGUCCUCUUUGGCAUGGACUACGACGACAAGCGCUACCAGAAGGUGGUAGAGGUGUGUGCCCUCCAGCGCGACCUCACGCUGAUGCCAUUCGGCGACCGGACGCUGGUCGGCGAGAAGGGCGUCAGUUUGAGCGGUGGGCAGCGAGCGAGGAUCAACUUGGCCAGAGCCGUGUACCGAAACGCCGACAUUCUCCUCCUGGACGACCCGCUCUCUGCCGUGGACACCAGCGUGGCGGAGCACAUUUUUGAGCGGUGCAUUCUGGAGCACCUGAAGGAGAAGAUUCGCAUUUUGGUCACCCAUCAGGUGCAGUUCAUUGAGAAAGCCACCAAGAUUCUGGUGCUGAAAGAGGGGCAGGUUUUUGCCUUUGGCAGCUACAAUGAGCUGCAGCAGCUCGGAAUUGACUUUAUGAGCCUCCUUUCGGAGCCUGAGAAGGACGGGAAAAGUGAAAGUGGCGGUGAUGGAGACUCCCUCUCCCGCGACCGAACCACUUCAACUCUCAGUCUGGAGCGAUCCAUCAGCGUGCAAAGCGUCAGUUCGGAUGCGCUGAAGGGCCGCUCGAGGACGCUCUCCUCAGCAAAGGCGACCGAAAGCUUCGAGGUGCAAAAUCCCGAGGGUGAUGAUGACGACGAGAAACAGGCAUUGGAAGAAUCAACUGAGAUUAAAGCAGAAGAAGAAAAAUUCAGCCGCGGUUCAAUCAAGGGUCGCGUCUACAAGGAGUACCUGAAAGCUGGGUCGGGGCCGGUGAUGUUCAUCGCCAUGAUCUUCUUCACCGUCGCCUCGCAGGUGCUCUUCCACGGCUCGGAUUAUUUUCUUACCUACUGGACCGACAACAACCAGCGCAAUGACAUUGUGGUGGAUGAGUCUCAGCAAACCACUGACAUUAUCAUCUACUCGGCGCUGGUGGCCGCCCUCUUUGUCACCACCAUCCUCCGCUCGGUCUUCUUCUUCGUCAUCUGCAUGACCGCCAGCGUCAAUCUGCACAAUAAAAUAUUCGCCCGACUGCUGCGCGCUCAGCUGGCCUUUUUCGACGCCAAUCCCGCGGGCCGCAUAUUAAACCGUUUCACCAAGGACCUGGGCAUCAUCGACGAGAAUCUACCCACGACAGCGUUUGACCUCAAUUUGACCAUUGGCCAGGCAAUUGGCGUAAUCAUCACCGUCAGCAUUGUCAACUAUUACCUUGUUCUGCCGGCCAUUGUCCUCGCCGGGCUGAUCGUCUACAUUCGCGGCAUCUACAUCAAGUCGGCGCGAGACAUCAAACGAUAUGAGGGGCUCGCCCGAUCGCCCGUUUACUCGCACGUCUCCACGACCAUUGCCGGGCUGGCCAGUAUCCGCGCUUACGGCGCUCAGAGGCAGUUUGAGCAGCAGUUUUACAGCUACCAAAAUGAUCACAGUGCCACUUGGUUCAUCUUUAUUAGCUCUUCGCGAGCAAUGGGCCUGAUGAUGGAUUGGAUCAGCACGCUUUACAUUUGCGUCAUCACCCUUGUGGGUGUGCGGCAAUCGGCUGAAUUUGAGUCGCAGAUGACCUCUGUAGAGAGGCUUGUAGAUUAUUAUUCACUGGCAAAGGAAGCGCCGGCAGAAUCGGAGCCGAAAUUGAAGCCUUUUAAGGAGUGGCCAGACAAGGGGCGAAUUGACUUUGAUCGCAUGACGCUGACGUACGCUGGCUCAGAUAAGCCGGUGCUGCGCGGGCUCACCUGCACCAUUGAGGGCGGCGAGAAGAUUGGCAUCGUCGGAAGGACAGGUGCUGGAAAGAGCUCGAUGAUUGCGGCGCUGUUCCGUCUCACCGAGCCAACUGGUGCGAUUCGCAUUGACGGCGUCGACAUUCAGUCUAUUGGAUUGAAUGACCUUCGUUUGAAAAUCUCUAUCAUUCCCCAAGAUCCGGUCAUUUUUUCCGGUACUGUUCGCUACAACCUUGACCCUUUUAGCGAGUUUCCCGACUGUGAUCUGUGGGCGGCGUUAGAAAAGGUGCAGCUGA